AUAUUUUUUUAAAGUAUUAGCAUUCCCUUUAAAUACGAAAAAGAAACAUCAUAUUUCAAUUAACAUCGAAGAUGGAAAGCACAAGGAUGAGGACAAGAUCUCAAGUUCCCUUAGCUGAAAAGAAUACGGAGAGUAAGGAAGUGGCUUUAAGAAGAAAUAAGAGAAAAGCGCUCGAAACUGCACCGUUCGUAAAAUUCGAUGGAAUUAUUAAAUACUACACAACAUUCAUUGAUUGUGCUGAAAUUUCUGAGAAAUUACUUAAUGGAGCAAAGUCUAGCAUUGAAGAAAUUUCAGUAGGUUUUGAUUUAGAAUGGCCUUUUAAUUUCACCACUGGUCCUGGUAAAACAGCAGUUAUCCAAAUUAGUCCCAACCUGGAUAUAACAUAUAUAUUCCAUGUUAGUAAAAUUACCAAGUUACCCCAGAGUCUUGUUGAAUUCCUUAAGCAUCCAAAAAUUCGUUUAGUAGGAAACAAUAUUAAGAAUGAUGUAUCAAAAUUAAAAAGAGAUUUUAAUCUGGAUUUGAAUUAUGAUAAUGUUACUGAUCUUGGUACAUUUGCUAGAAAGCUUCAUAGCAUAAGUGGAAGGUGGAGUCUGCAGAAAUUAGUUGAACACUUUCUUGAACUGAGACUGGAUAAGAACAAGGCUGUGAGGAAUAGUAAAUGGCAUAUAAUUCCACUGACUGAUGUCCAACAGAAGUAUGCUGCUAUAGAUUCUUAUGUCUCCCUGAAAUUAUACUUAUUAUUAAAAAAAUUGAAUGACGAACUUCCAAAAGAUGAGGAUAUAAAUUGAUUUUUUACCUUGGUGAUAUUGUUUUAAUAUAUAUUAUGAUUUUGAUAUUAAACGAUUGUAUUUA